UCUAGAUUGUCACCUAAACGUUCCCCCACCCUCUCAGUUGGCCGUCUUCCGUCUCAAGGUGCCGGCGACGAAGCACGCGUCACCUUGGGACACCGGGGAUGGCAUCCAUGAUAUCAUGAUGCAGUUCUUCUCCUCCUCCUUCCUCGUUGUUUCAGGGCAAGCGGUAGAAGAUCUCUUCAAAAAAAAAAAUUUUUUUUGGACACAAGACAUAGUACAAAGAUAUCGCCCGGUUCAUAGUUCCUAGUUGUACCUUCUGAGCCAAGGGAUCCAAGGUCAGAAGAGAAAUCCUUGGCCCCAGCAGGCAGUUUUAGUGCACCCGGAUUAUCACCAGGAUGAAGAAGGGACUGUUGAAGCCCCUCCACUAUAUUUCCCAAAUGUUCGAUGGCGGGGAACCCGAAAUGCAGAUAGGCUUUCCCACCGACGUCAAACACGUGGCGCACAUAGGAUGGGACGGACCGAACAUGAAUGCUCCCAGCUGGAUGAAAGAUUUCCACUCGGCGCCACUCGGUCCGACUGGUUCGGACGGGAAUGCACCUUGGGGCUCUCAAGAGAUUAAAAUCGAUGCGGGAAUCGAAGACAAUCCGUCGGGCGAGAUGCUGCCGAGGUCCUCCCGACGUUCGGCCGAGCCAACGAUGAACGACUCCCCCAACAACGCCCCGCGGCCCCGCCACUCACGGCGGCACCGGUCCGAAGCCACCGUCUCCGACGACUCCCCCAGUUGCGAGCUGUCCUCCGACGGCUCCCGGAGGGGCAGUAGGAGGUCGCGCAAGAAGGACGGCCGCUCCAUGGCGGCGGUGGCUGGCGGGGACCUGCCGGCGAUCCCGAAGCAGUCGCGGCGGAAAUCCAAGGGCUCAAGCUCUGUGGGCAGCAGCGACUCCGUCCGAGCGUCUAGAUCUAAGAAUCCCACACCGGCGUCGGAUAACGCCGCCACCCAAAAGCCCGCGGCAGAAGGGGAAGAUGAACGGUUGUGAUUUCAUUUUGAUUCGAUUGCAGGAGUUUUGUUUUUUCUUUUCUUUUUCGAUGAGAUGAUGGUCGGUAGUUCCACCAUGCCGGCGAUGGUCCGAUCACGUGCAUUGAGAUCGGACCGUCCGGAUUGAACAUGGAAUGAAAACGAAAAGUUUUCCCUUCCUCCGGACAGACCCAGUUUACCACGUUUUUUACGUGCCAUUUCCAUCGCAUGCCCGCUCGGAUGGCAAA